AGUGAACGUGUGAUGGCCGGGAGGUGUGUGAGGGGAGGGUGAAAGCUGGGCCAACAGCUUGCUUUCUCGACGGGAGGAGGAGGAGGGAGCGAGGUAAGGGAGGCAGAACUCAGUGAGCCACCAACUGCGCACCAGCCAGUCCUCUCUGCUGCUCCUUCGUCGUCGCCUCCGCCGUCAUGUUUGCGGUACCGCCUCGCCCCGUCGUCCCUCCAGUCCCCAACGGAGCAUCGAGCCACGGGCCAGGUUGGUUCCGUCAAACAGUCGGAUGGAUGACGAGCUAUCUUGGGUCUCCAAUGGCAGGGUGAGAGUGCUGGAGUGCCUGGCGCCGUGGCUGUGCAUUAGCGCGGCUCGCCCGGUGGGCUCCGUGGGGUCGGGGGCGGCACGCCACAACCAGCAGGAGGGCCAGCAGGAGCAGCAGCAGCAGCAGGAGCAGCACCCAGGGGAGCCCCCGGCUGGCUGGCUCCGCGACACCAGGACCACGCCGCCCGACAGGUCCCGCCGCCCUCACUCCGCCCCCGCGCCCAUCACCGCCACCAUGGUGAAGACCUUCCAGGCCUACCUGCCCUCCUGCCACAGAACGUACUCGUGCAUCCACUGCCGGGCGCACCUUGCAAACCACGACGAACUCAUAUCCAAGUCUUUUCAGGGCAGCCAAGGUCGGGCAUACCUCUUCAACUCAGUGGUGAAUGUUGGGUGCGGGCCAGCCGAGGAAAGAGUGCUUCUGACUGGUCUACAUGCAGUGGCCGACAUCUACUGUGAGUGCUGCAAGACCACGCUGGGCUGGAAAUAUGAGCAUGCAUUUGAGUCCAGCCAGAAGUACAAGGAAGGAAAGUACAUCAUCGAGCUGGCCCACAUGAUUAAGGACAAUGGUUGGGACUGAGUGUGGGCCCCCGGCUGGCAGCGGAGCCUCAGUCUGCACCUGUGACCUCAUGACUCCCCCACUGCUGUUGCUGCUGCACCGCACUGGGGUGUUUAUGACGAUCAUUAGUUCGUCGGUCGCAGAGGAUGACUGGAGGCGCCGGGCCCGCUGAGGACGACUGCUGCUUCCCUCUUAGUGUUAGGUUGACCUGCCGCGCCCAACUCACUCAUGUGCAGUGAUCUCAGCCAGUGCAUGAUGCCGGGGUGUGCUGCCAUCUGGUGACUGCUUAAGGAAAAAUUGAUCAAAGUUUGAAAUUAUAUCAGAGACCAGUUAUUAUAUUUAGUGUUUUUUUGUAUACUUCUUUUUUUUUAUAUGGCCUACUGGUUCUGGAAUGUCUCGCACUGAUUUGUGAAGGUGAAGACAUAUUAGUAAACCUCCACAAUGGAUUAACAGUGUUGAAAAAAAGUAUCUGAGAGCAGCAGCAGCACACCCUGAGAGCUACUGGCACUCAUCAUCAGCAUCACUAUCACCAUACUCUUGUAUCACUCCUGACUGAGCCGACUCACCGGUUGGCACUCAGUCAUCCACUCUGUCAGUCUGCCAGCCAGCUAGCUCUCGUCCAGUCUCAUGGCCUGUCUGUGAUGGGCUUUGCCUGCAAGCAAACUUGAUUUUAAUGUGUAGUAAAUGUAAAACUAAUCUUCCCACCCUGCCACUUGCAAGCCUCUUAGACAGAUUGGUGUACUAUAAUCUCAUUGCAAGGAAAACAAUUGGUUAUUUAUAGUCUACCAUCUUUCCAUACGGGACCAUAGUGUGAUUUAACUUGCCACUGCAAGAUUAUUGCCAACAUGGAGAAACAGCUUGGGCUGCAGCUCAGCCAGUGACAGAGACCAGCAGUGUGCUUUCCGAGGAUGAAUAAGAGGUAUCCGAUGGGCACUCGUGGCUCAUUAUAUUUUCCGUAGAAAAAGGACAAUUGAUUUUUCAAGAACCUGUGCUAGACAACAAAACAUAAUACUAUGUAUUAGCACUUACUGCUUGACCUAUCUUUGGAGCACACAAAGUAAUCAUACUUCUUAUUUGUCUCGUCCAUAUUGUAUCUGCACAGACCAUGUGCAAGGAGUGAUGGUGUUCCCACUGUGAUCUUGUGCAUCUAGGAAGCCUGAGCAGUGCAGGCCACCUGUCAUGAUGUGUCUUACUCAUUGCCAUGCCAUGUGAUUGGACAAUAUUUUGACUAAUUUUCACUUGUUCUGUACUGUGUAUUUAUCCUAAGAUUGGUGUUCCCAACAACUAGGCAAGAUUAAUGAUUGUGCUGCUUACAUUUCCACUCCUCGGUCAAGGUAUAAUGGCUGUAAGAAUUAAGUGCAUUUUCUGCAGUUAACUUUGGUUGAGAUUGAGUUGAGAUCAGAUUUGCAUUCUGCUUCAUGAACAUAUUUGUGCUUAUUUUCUUAAAGAGGGUCAGUAAGAAAAUAAUUCAAGGGAAACAAUUGUUUGCUACACCUGUAAUGCAAGUCGAGAUCGAGGCUGUGUGCACUGCAGUGGAGAGCAGACUGUUUGUGGUAGAUGUGUUAUAUGCUCAUCUAUAUGUAUAUUCUAUGUCUAUUGAAGAACUUUAAUUCCUUUGAGGCCACACAUUACAGGAGCAUGAUUUGGUAAAUUGAAAAAACAAAUUUUAACCCAUACAGCAUCAACCAAAAUUUACAUACAACUGUAUCUGCCAAAUUCAACUUUUUGUGUUGUAGAAAUCAAACAGUCCAUCCAAUCACAAGGAAAAGAAAACCCAAACCACAGCACCACUACCCUAGGGAUGAAGUGUCUGGGUGGCCCCCUGCACUCCCAGCAUUCUCACUGCUGGAGGAGGUAAAGGUCACCUGCAGUGUCCUGUUUUAUUUGUUGUACAUCUUCUAGUGAUGAAAACAAUCACCGUGACAUCAACGUGCAUAUGUACGGACACUUUUUGCGCUCAUUAUUUUCCAUUACUGUUAGUGAGGCCUCCAUUCACAGCCUGCCAGUGAAGCUUGUCUGUUUCCAGUUUUCAGUUGGUAUUAAUUGCUGGUUGAUAAUUAUUCUCCAGGUCAUCUUGACCAUUUCACAUAUAACUGUUUGUAACAUGUCCUUCACUUAUUAUAUAACGUGUAAGUCGUCGCUUCACCAUCAGUAAGAAAAUGUUCGUGUUACUUUCACUCUCGUUCAGCGUUCUUUCUCAGCUCAGCAUGUCUCGGUAAUUCAUCGGAGUAUGGCAGUACUCAGAGCAAUCUAAAAGAAGCAAGCAGUCCCAUGUCACAUUCCUAAUGCUUGAACUUUUUCAUUACUUUCCUUCAUGAUAUUUAAUGUUGAUGCAUACUUAACGCCAACAUUGUAGAUCACAGUCUGCAGUAGGAGGAAGCAGAAGGUAGAAGUGUGUAGCCAGGAGGCAGUGUGGACUAUCAUAAUUGUUUGUCAUGCAUCAUAGCCUUGGAUGGUCACAGUGUUUAUUUGUGUGGUCUGGAAACAACUACUCGCACAACUCUUCAAACAAUCCUCCCGUGUCCCCUUCUUGUCCAUAACAGCGCACUUGUAGCUUGUCUAAGAGAUGAAGAGUAUCUUACAUUACCGUUUCAUGUUCUUUGUAACACAUGCCACAGAAUAUCAUGGCAUCUGAUUAAUCAACCCUGCACACAUUCACUUUGCCAGCAAUAGGAGCUCUAGUUUCAAGAUUUUCUGCCUGGUUGCCAGCAUUAGGAGCUCUAGUUUCAAGAUUUUCUGCCUGGUGCCAUAGUGAAUGUUGUCUGAUCACUAUGUUUGACUUAUGGACAGUCAGAAGGAGGUUCAUGUAAUGCUUGUCCAUUCUUGAGAUUGCCAAUACAUUGCAUAGAACUUUUUUUCACUAUUUACCUUGUUCUUGAUGAGGCCUGAAGAGCACAUGCUGCCUGCACCUCUUGAUCAUGUCAUAGAUGCCAGUCUGCUGAUUGAAAAUGAACUGUGAGGUCAAAGAGCCAGCACCAGUAAUGCACAUUAAGGGUGCAACCCAUGCCAAGGUAACACUUCAUCACUGCUGGGACAACAACUAGACUUUCUACACUGAUGCUUGUAUCAGAUAUCAUGUGUGUUCUUUUAGCUAAAUAUAGGGAGGUGUCUUGAAUGUAUCCCAACGUACAGUCAUGUAAAACUAAAAGUUUGAGGCCAGUUUAUUGGUGUUUGCAAGUCAUUUUUUCUCCCCAUAGCAUAUUGCUUUCAUCAAUGCAAGCUGUCUGACAGAUUUUGAAUGAUGAUGUGGUGAGAAAUCAAAGUGAUGGACUGGAGGGAACAGGCAGGUUGGAGCAUUUAGGAAGUAUUACUUGCCAUUGAAUUUAAGUUCUUUUCCUAAGAAACUGUAUCAGUACAAGUUAUGCCACCGAGACUGACAGUGCAUUUGUUUAGACUGACACUUUGUACAUCGCUGAUGCUGUAUGGGUUAAAUACUACACACAUUAUGAUACUUUGUAGAGAAAAGGAAGCUGUUAAUUCACAGCUUAGACUUGGAACAAAGGAAGAUGUUCUUUGUUAUCGUUGAAUGGUGAUGACACAUCCAUCUCUGCAGCACCUGAUUGAAUACAGCAAGGAAAGCUGCCGUUUGUUUUGUGCUUUGGGGUCAGUCUAAAGUCUACUGUUAUGAUAUUUGCCUUUUCUGGAUGAUCAUGUCCACCAGUUGAAGAUGAAAGAGAAAUUGUUGGAUUGAAAUGUAAAUUGUCUCAACUCAAUCUCAAUUCAAAGUCAAGUGAAGAAAAUGGAGUUGCUCUCGUCUUGGUGGAGCCGUGAGGGCCUCUGUAUUAGUCUUGACUCACCCUGGAUGUUCUUAUCCCUGCCAGUGAAAUGUUUGCAGCUGUUCAGAUGUGAAGUGUGUAGAACUGCAAAUAUUGAUUGAUUAUUAAGGUAUAUAAAAAACGAAGUUGUAGCAAGUAUAUAUGUGGACUGAGAUUGCUUGAAUAUUUUAUAGCCAAGCAGUAACCAUGUUUGUAGAGAAGCAGAGGGUAGCAGAGUGGUGUGCAUCUUUUUGGUCGGGUAAAACCUUACAGCUCUGGCCGCGUUUUCCUGUGGGAGCUGCAGGGAAUCCUUCUUGUCCUAUUUUGGUCUGCUUGGCUGCUUCUCAGCUUGGUGGUGGAACACUGGACAUAGCUUUAAACACAGGUAGAGAAGAGGAAUCAAGUACCUAUUGGCUAGCCUUACCACAUUGUUAAAGAAGUUUUAAGUUCAUUUCAUACUUAAAGUGUUGGUGAGGUACUCAAAGCAUAAAAGGAGACAGAGUGGUAAAUUUCUGUUUUUCUUUAUAGUGAUGAUAAGGCAUUUUAGAUUAACUUUUUAUAGUUAUUUUCUAUGGAUUGUGCAAUGAAUUUUUAGGGAAGUGCAGGUAGUGGUCAUGGUAUGAGGGGGUUUGCCUGUCUUGAGUUAGGUUAUGUGUAUGCUCAGGUAGAUAGAAAAGCCUUCCUUACUUCCAUUAGUUUAACUUUGAUUUUUUGACGCAUAUGUGAGCAAGUGUGUUUGUGUAUGUGUGUGUGUGUAUGUAUGUAUGUAUGCAAAUGUGCAUGUGUGUGUGCAUCUAUGUAUGUCUGUGCACGCAUACAUGCAUGUGUCAUGGAUGCCAUUUAUUUUCCCUCUGAAAUCAGAAUUUCUCUUCCUGUUCAUCUUGACCUCUCUUCUCCCUCUCUGUUGUGUGGCACCUCACUUUCUUUCAUCCCCCACAGUAGGCUUACAGAAGCCUUCUGUAGUGAUACUGAUUAACAUAACAUGUCAGGUUUUCAGCACAUUAUCUUGUCUCCAAUAGUUAUGGUAUAAUAUUGAUGCUGCCUUCCGAUUUUCACCAUGAUUACCUAGGUCUCCCUGUGUUUUCCCCUUUGUGAUCUCGUUCAUCUAUCACAAACUCUUAGGUAGAUUUUUUAUUAUUUUUUUCCCAGAGGAACAUUCCCCUGUUAAAGGGAAAGGCGGGGCUGUCCAGACCUCUUGCUCCCACCAGCCUCUCAUGCUGCUUAACUUUUGUUUUUUCUCCACACCAUCACUGGUCUCUUCCCUUUGCUGACCUCCCACUGGUCCAAAUAUAACAUACUGCAGCAUAUUCUGACCUUAGUAGGUAUGUAUUUCACUAUGUACUGAUCUCAGCACAUACACCCCCAGGUAUACACUCUGUGUCUACAACAUCCAGUAUGGUGUUACAUUGUCAGCUCAUACUCUUGUGUGCUGACAUCAGUACCAACAUUGUCAUGAACUUAGUACACGUGUUUCAUCAUGUGCUGACCUCAGUACGAGCAGUUCUACAUUUCAUUAAUCGUAUGCAAAUGGUCAUAAUUGUGUGAAGAGAUAUUUACUAAAGAGAGAUCCCCACAAGGUGGUCUUAUAUUUUUACAUGGCAUUCUAGUCUUUCAUUCUAACCAAUAGUUCCAAAGUGUGCAUGUCUCUGCCUUGUGUUAUAUUACAGUAAUAGCUGUUUUUAUCAUGGUUCAUGGGAUGUAUUACAAGUGGAUGGCGAGAGGCAAAAGCAUUAUUGACUACUGUGAUAAGGUUGAGAGUUGUGUGAUUGAGUUAUUACUUAGGGUCUACAGUUACUGCUCGGUGUGAUAACAUCCUCUGAAGGUUAUGGCUUGAGUACUGCAGAAAAGCAUUCUCAUGUAUUGGGUAUCUGAAUGUUUAAAACUAGAUAUAUACAUAUAUAUAAAUAAAUAAAUAUAUAUAUAAAUACUGUAUGUAGUGGGACUUCCCAGCUCUGUCUCAACCGGUUCUAGGGCCAUCUGGUUUGUUUUGCCUUUCGUCAUAACAAUAACCACUGAAUGUGCAGGACACUUUGGCUGUUGUAGUGCUUUUGUGAUUGACAUUAUCAUAGAGGAGCUUGGAAGCAUUCACAUAGGUUAGUUUCCUUUCAAUGUUGUAUUUCACAGCAACCAUCUUGACACUGGUAACUGCUUUUAUUUUAGUCAAUCCAUAUAGAAUUUCUUUCGAUUGAUAGAAACAUUUUGCAAUAUACUUGGUAACUACUUAAAACCAGCAGCCUCUUGGGAUCUUCUUUGAGCGGCGUCCCCUUCUUUCACUAAGCUUGCCCUCGGUCAGACUGUGGCUGCGGCAGGCGCUGCCCCGCCACACACCCGCUGGACUCUGUGUCUUGCUGCCGAGGAGUGAAUAAGAGUACCCAGGACCACAGUACAUUCAGAUUCUGUCCAGAGUGAGAGGGGUCCAUAGUGCUGUGCUUGCCACCUGUUAUUACUUAAAUCACUUCUCCACUGACUGAUACAUUUUUGUUUGUUGAGUCACUGUGUAUACCUUGCUCAUGUAAUACUGGGGAAAAGAUAUUAUGUGUACUCUAGCCAUUAUAUAUAUAAAUAUCCAUUUUUUUUUUUUUUUUUUUUUUUUUUUUUUUUUUUUUUUUUUUUUUAUUGAUUGUAGAAAAUGUAGGAGUCAGCAGGUGUGGAUUGUAUAUCACUGCUGUGGUCACCUGCUGAGCCAGACACCUUCCCACUGAGCCAACCUGUGCUGUGUUGUGGAGCAGAGAUGGUCAUGUUUGUUUGAGUUAAAAAGCACUUUUAUGUUCAGUUCCAUUUGGUGGAUAUUCAAAUCAAAACCUCCAAUGUUGCCUUGAUGGAAGGACCCCUUUGGACCUCCAACCUAGUUUUCGCUGAGGAGGAAAAGGUCACUCAGAGUUGGUCGUGAAUGGACCCAUGACCUGACCUCUGCCAGCCUCUCUGUUCCUGCUUCUUGUCUUGAUGACUUAAAAAAAAAAAAAGAUGAGUUGUUUUUUAUGGUAUGAAACAGAAUUAUUGCCCACCUUUGCUCAUAGUUCAUAAGGUAUUAGUGUCAAUGAUGGUGUAUUUGGUGAUUUGCAGUACUGUAUUAAUGUAGUUAUUUCAUAUGUAUAUACAUCAUUUUUUACAACCAAGGACGACAUACUUCCUUUGGAAAACAUUAUUUCCAUCAUGUGGAGGAUUCAGGUGGGGUUGGAUCAGCAAGAAGAUAGUGAGGUUCAGGUCUGUGAAGCAGAACACACCACCUGAACACAAUUUUACAAACUGUUGAUGUCUGUGAUGCUGGUCCCUCCCCGCAUGCGUCUCGUAGCCCCAGUCGAGCUUGCUGUCUUCAGUAAAUCUGGAUUGCUAAUGAGAGAGGAUACAAAAUUUUGAUAGAUUUUGGCGUUGAUCUCGUGCGCUGCUUCACUCUGUUUCCGGACAACGGCACGAAUGACCCACUUUAAAGACAAUAUCCAGAUUUACCUUGCUGUAUAUAGUAUUUAUUCACAGGAAGCUUACAGUAGUUGCUGCCACAGAUGCAGACAGAAAUAUUUAUCUUGAUUUUUAUUAGUUCUGCCAAUGUUCAUUAUUUCAACAUCUGGUCUAAUUGGAGGGUAAUCCCAACAUCAUUAAGAAAACAUUAAGCUUUAGAGCAGUGCCAAGCUGAGGGUGUGUGAGGGUAGUGUGUGUGUGUGUCAGGGUGAGGUGGUAUGAGCCCUGGGGUGCCUAGGGUGACAGGAGGGUGUGUUGUAGCAUUCCAUUACUAAGCACAGGUGACUGGGUGAGGCUCGGGGCUAGAAGUGUGUGUUAACUGCGAAUGAACCUUUGUCUCCUGCAAUUCCUUUUUCGCUGUUAUCCUGUUACUAGAAAUGCAGCUCCCCAUCAGUAUCGUUUUUAACUUUCUUGUCUGUCAUUAAGAGGUUUCGGCAAAAAAAAAUACAAAAUAGAAGCCAAAAUUUUAUGCCUUAGAAAUGGUGUAAAUAUCAGAUGUCGUAAUGUUGUCUGUCCGAUUGCAGUGUUGUUUGUAGUGAAGCAAAGUGAUGAAAUGUUUAAAAAAAAAAAGGUUGCUGAAGAUGCAGUUCUAGCUCUGACUCAUUCUGACACACACAAUUGACCUCCGACCCAGCAACACCAGCCGGGAAAGGGGUCAAGAGGGGGAAGCUUAUGUUAAGGGACAACAAAAAAGGGGACAAAAGAAAAAAAAAUAAAAAAAGGUUCACACUUUGAGAAAACUUACAAAACUUGGUGUGAAGCUUUUGUUGAAUCCAGUCUAUUCCAUCCUCAUGCAUAAAGUAUUUUUAUAGCUUGUAAUGAAUUGGCUGCAUUAACGGUAAUCUGAGGGAUAAGUAUAGUGAUCUGCAUAACUAGCAGCAACAUUUUUGGUACGUGAGUGUCUCACAUAAGAAGCUGCUAAAUGUGACUUUACACAAUAAACAUUUACCAAUA